CCAUCAUCCGCCAAUUGUUUCAUGACCGCAUCCUGGGCAGUACACCAUCUUUCCACAUCCCCUGGCAGGUGGCUGUUCAGGUGAUGACCAGUUAUUCUUUUCCAUGUCCCCUUAGCACAUACCAAGGCUUUGUUUGCAGGGAUAUAUCAUCCGACCGCCAUCACCAACGCCGUCACCGUCAUGGCGCAUUCUACACUCUCGCCGCCGCAGUCCCCCGUCUCCCCCUCGACGUCUCGCGACAGACCUCUACAAAUUAACCGAGCAAACACGGCUCCGGAAAAGAUGUCAGUGAAUGGGCAUUUUGCGUCUGUCGGCCAGAAUGGGACGGCAAAUUUCGAAAAUGGUGUCCAGAUCGUUGACGAGGACAAACAGUUCAACUCUGAUCUUGCCAAGUAUCUCAGUUACACUGGAGUUUCCCAUGCCGGGUUCAACUACCAUCUCAUCUCCGUCUUUGGAUCGCAGUCGACCGGCAAGUCCACCCUUCUAAAUGCCCUCUUCGAGACCGAUUUCUCCGUCAUGUCCGAGACAGAAAGACGCCAAACCACUCGAGGAAUAUGGCUGGCGAAAAACAAAUCUACAGCGACAGAAAUGGCAGACAAUAUCCUGGUCAUGGACGUCGAAGGUACAGAUGGUCGGGAACGAGGGGAAGACCAGGAUUUUGAGCGCAAGAGUUCUUUAUUUGCUUUGGCAACCAGCGAAGUUCUGAUGGUCAAUAUCUGGGAGCAUCAGGUCGGGUUAUACCAGGGUGCCAAUAUGGGACUGCUUAAGACGGUCUUUGAGGUCAACCUGCAACUGUUUCUCAAGGACAGGAAAUCGACUUCACGGAGCCUGUUGUAUUUUGUCAUUCGAGAUUUCCUUGGGACGACGCCACUGCAGAAUUUGCGGAACACCUUGAUGCAGGACAUGGGGAGGAUAUGGACCAGUUUGUCAAAGCCGCCGGGGUUGGAGAAGACCAGCAUUGACGACUACUUCGAUUUUGCUUUUACUGCCCUCCCACACAAGUUAUAUCAGCCAGAUCAAUUUAAGGCCGAGGUAGCGAAGAUGGCAACGCGAUUCAGGGAUGGUCAUCGCGACCACCGAAGAGAUGCAUUGUUGGGCGAAUUUGACGGUGGCAUUUUUCUGCCAGAAUAUCACCGGCGAAUACCCGCGGACGGCUUCUCCCACUACGCCGAAGGUAUCUGGGACCAGAUUGUGAAUAACAAGGACCUCGAUCUUCCAACGCAGCAAGAACUCCUAGCCCAAUUCAGGUGUGAUGAGAUUAUGAGAGAAGUGAUGGUCGCUUUCGACGAGGCGAUCACCCCAUUCGAGACACAACAAGCAGACGCUGCAAGAAUGGGUAGAGCAGAACCCAUUUCUGGAUUAGGUGCUGCUAUGAAGGGAGCGCGAGCAGAUGCUAUCCAGAAUUUCGAGACCGAAGCAAGCAGAUACCACAAGGGUGUCUAUCAACGGAAACGGACAGAGCUCGAGAGCAAGGUCGAUACCAGACUGAAGGCGCUUUUCGCUGGUCAACUUUCGGCCGCGCACAAAGAGGGGGUGCAACAGUUCUCCGAUGCGGUCAGUGCCGCCGUCAAGGCGGGGCAGAAGAAAGGAGCAUCGUAUGAUUUCGCCGAAAUCGUUAAAGAGCAGAAAAAGAUCGCGCUCGACAAGUUUGCGUCUGUUGGGAAGGAGGCUGCGAUCGAGGGGUUGCCUUGGUCUGACCAUAAACAAGAAAUGGCACUUUACCAGAAAGAACUAGACAAGAUCUCAGGUCAGCUACGACGGGACGAAAUGCGUCGACUCGCAACCAGGGUUGAAAGAUGGGUCAGGAGCAAACUCAACGACAGCGUCGGCCUAGAGUUUAAUGCUCUUGGAUCUGGUCGUGGUGGCUCUGGUGCUCCUGAGCAGGGAGAUCGACCCCUAGAGAAGGGCAUUUGGGACCGGAUCUGGUCCUUGUUCGUUGCCACGGUGAAGGAUGCUGAGAAGCGCUUUGCUGACCGAGCCGCUUCCUUCGACGCCAGCGCCGAAGAAGUUGAAGUCGGCAUUUGGCGCCUCAGAAGAAAAUCUUGGGGCGUACUACGUGCCAAGAUUGACGAAGAAAUGAUGGAAGGUAAUCUCUUACUGAAGCUCCGAGAGAACUUCGAGGACAAAUUCCGGUACGAUGAGGCCGGCGUUCCGCGAAUUUGGCGCCCAACCGACGACAUUGAGGGCAUCUAUACCCGAGCUCGAGAAAGUACCCUCACCCUGAUUCCUCUCCUUGCUCGCUUCCGGCAUUCCGAGACUGGGGCUCCACCACCUCUCGACCGGUGGAUCGGACCUACUCCUGCUACAGCCACCCCGGCUGAUGAGGAAGACCUGACGCCCAUUGGAGGAGUUGACGAGGAGGAAGGGAAGAGCCUGGAAGAGGAGACGACGAUUCUCAACGAGGCCAAACGGCAAGACUUGACCGUCAGAUUUAAGAAGGCUGCUGAUGGGGUGUAUGUCGAAGCCAAACGUAGUGCGAUUGGUGGCAUGACACAAGUACCGCUUUACUUCUACGGUCUCUUGCUAGCACUGGGUUGGAACGAAAUCGUUGCUGUUCUUCGCAAUCCCGUUUACUUCAUGUUCCUAAUCAUUCUCGCCAUCGCCGCUUAUGUCACCUAUACUCUGAAUCUAUGGGGCCCGAUAUUCAAGAUGGUGAAUGCGGCGUCCCAACAAGCCCUGGAAGAGGGUAAGAAGCGACUUCGAGAAUUUUUGGAGGAGAAUCCCACGGCGAGGCAUGCUGUUGCAAUGUCAACUGGUCGGGAUGAAUACGAAAUGACGAAUUUGGACUCGACUUCUAGGGCGCGAAAGGUCAAGACAGAUGGCGCUGAUGAUGAGGAUGUUGAUGAUAUUUAGCGCUGCGGUCAUAAUUGUCUGUGUUCUGUGGUGCAGUACAAUCCCGAUGACAAAGCGAUUAUCACCUGGAAUGUUGCAUAAUGCAGACUGGACCAAGUCGAGGGUUGGAACAUACGACUUGGAAUAGAGAACCUUUGCAUGGUUGUUCAAAGAUCAUGGUCUCCAGUGCAAGAGCAUCUUCCCUCACUACUGCCAGGGUUUGGGGAUCUUUCCAGCCUCGAUUGUAGCAUGGACGAGCCUAGUCGCUCGCGUGAUCUAGUUUCCCUAUGCUGAGCCCUUCGGAGGUAGUUUAGAACCGGGACCAAGUCUCGAUGCAGGAAUGGCGCUCUUUUGAGUAUCGCCACCAUGUUCUCCUUCUAAAGUGAGAGCCAGUCCAUAUAUCCACU